UGAAAGUCUAACCAGAAACGCCUUUACUGCUACUUAGCCAUUUUUUUGGCCGUUUUUGUUUAGUUCUUCUCUCUCUUCGUCUCUGAGCUGUAAAUCAUCAGAGCCUGAGAAAUUUCAAAGUCUUCUCUUUAUCACUAAACCAUCUAAAGAGACCACAAGAGUUUCUUCCAAUCCAGUUGUUAUUUAUUUGGGAAUUGAAGAUAUCUACAAAGAGAGAGAUCAAAGAUGGCAACAUUUGCAGGGACAACCCAGAAGUGUAAGGCAUGUGAAAAGACUGUCUACUUAGUGGAUCAGCUUACUGCAGAUAAUAAAGUUUAUCACAAAGCUUGUUUCAGGUGCCAUCACUGUAAGGGUACUCUUAAGUUGAGCAAUUACUCCUCCUUUGAGGGUGUUUUGUAUUGCAAGCCUCACUUUGAUCAACUAUUCAAAAUGACUGGAAGCUUGGAUAAAAGUUUUGAAGGCACUCCAAAAACUGUUAGAGUUGACAAAUCGGCUGAUCAGGUCCAUACUAAUAGCAAAGUUUCAAGCAUGUUUGCUGGAACUCAGGACAAAUGUGUUGCAUGCAAGAAAACUGUUUAUCCACUUGAAAAGGUGGCAGUCGAUGGAAUGUCUUAUCACAAGGCCUGUUUCAGGUGUACACAUGGAGGCUGCGUUAUCAGCCCAUCAAACUAUGUAGCCCAUGAGCAGCGUCUCUAUUGUAGGCACCAUCACAACCAACUCUUUAAGCAGAAGGGAAACUUCAGCCAGCUUGACAAGCAAGAACAUGCUAAACCGGUGACUGAGAUUGCAUCAACUGAAUAAGAAUGUAAACAGUGUUCCACAAAUCUUGAAAUGCAUGAUACCUCAAGGAGUUUGUUUCUCAGCAUCAGUUGCAAUUGUCAAGUAGAAGAGCUACUACUAUAUAACAUUAUGAGGAAAUUAUGUUCAGUUGCAGAGCUCCAUGCUGUUCCUAACUCUUUUUCUUUUUGGUUUAGUGUGAGCUUUGAGUCCCUAAUAAAUAGAGAUUUUUGGUGUUGAAAACCUUUCAAUAAACCAUGAACUAAAGCACAGAGGUUUUGUAUUUAUUUUUAAAUUUAAGCUUUGAUAUGCUUUCAUUUUCUGUGCUUGGUGUCUUGUAAUUAGCGCUUGGCAAUGUGUGCUUGUCAUCUUUGGUACUUUUCUAUAAUAUAUUGAUGCCUCAUUCCCCUUUUUGUCA